AUGGGCAGCAUCCGCAAAGACACCGGCCAACGGCCGCAAGAUACGACAAUCACGUUCCGACUUCCGGAUGGCAAACAUGAGUUGUGGAUUACUUCAGAUGAGAUCGAUUCCCAAGUUACUUUCUCAGUAGGUCUAGGGGCCAUCACUCUGGGUCGCUGGACAGCCCUGGAGCAAAAGGUCUGUGUUUCCCCGGCAAUGAUUAACGAGAAUGUGGCCGAGUACGACGACCUGUUCCGCUUUGACAUUGUCACCUCCGGUGAGCCACCAACCGGCAUCAGUGGGGAUACAGAAACUGAGGAUAUCGGUCUUCUAUGGACAGCGGUCUACGCCCUCUGGCUGCAUCCCCGUGUUCGGGAGAAAGACCUGCAUGCAGUCGUCGUCAACAGCGAGCGGUUGGCGUCUUACCUCCGGUCCACGGGCCUGGGGAUAAUCUCACCGUUCUCCUCCUCAUCGUCCACGACAACAGAUGUGCCCGCAGAAACGGUUUUCUGGCUACACCGCGAGGCUUUCUGGCAGGGCGCAGGAGCACCGAACACUCAGACGUGGGUUCGCAGUCGUCCUGAAGUCACCUCGUUUCCCGCGUUUUCGGGUGCUGGUAGUUUUCCAAGUCAAAUUGGCUUCACGCGCGGCGGCAAUGUCUGCACGGUACACCCGGUGCGGCCUCCGAAGCCUGCACCAGGCUCCCUGUUGUACUCACGGUACAUUGUGGAACUGGGCGAGCAGCUCCGUAUCUAUCACAUUGACGCCAGCAACCCGGUGCACUUCGAGCACUACGCACGGUGGCAAAACUCAGACCGUGUCAACGCCGGCUGGCGAGAACGCGGAUCGGAUGAUCACCACCGCAAAUAUCUCGCUCAGCAAUUGGCCGACCCGCACACUAUGUCGUGUGUCUACGAGUGGGAUGGGCAACUGGCCGGCUACAUGGAGAUUGGGUAUGUGAUGGAGGACAACGUGGCUUGCUUUAUGCGAUCCAACUGCAAUGUCGUUGUCGGGGAGUUUGACCAAAACACGCACUUUUUAGUAGGCGAAGAGAAAUUUCGCGGCGGCAAGCGGUACCAGGCGGCCAACCUCUCCAUGAAGCAUUUUGCCUUCUUGCGCGACGCACGGACAAAACAAAUUAUAGGCGAGCCGCAAAUUGGACUCUCAGCACUCGGUAUCCAGGAGCGUUUUAUUCCAAUGGAGAAGAAAAAGCGCUUUCAUCUUCCACACAAGACAUCUAUGCUCAUUGCACUGCAGCGAGACCGCUUCUUUCAAGAAGGGCAUUUUGUUUGA